AUGAGUGGUGCAGCACUGGGCCUUGAGAUAGUAUUUGUCUUCUUUCUGGCCUUAUUCCUACUUCAUCGGUAUGGAGACUUCAAGAAGCAGCAUAGGCUGGUGAUCAUAGCAACAUUAUUGGCUUGGUAUCUCUGCUUUCUCAUUGUAUUUAUACUGCCACUGGAUGUCAGCACGACUAUAUAUAAUCGGUGCAAACUUGCUGUUAACUCCAGCCCUGCAGAAAGUAAUGGCUCUUAUGUUACUCUUGCUCCAAGCAAGCAAAAAUGUUUCAAACCAUGGAGUUACAUUCCUAAUGGAAUUAUGCCGAUUUUCUGGCGUGUUGUAUAUUGGACAUCACAGUUUUUAACAUGGAUUCUGCUACCUUUCAUGCAGUCAUAUGCUAGAUCAGGAGGGUUCUCCAUUACUGGAAAGAUUAAAACUGCAUUGAUUGAGAAUGCAAUCUAUUAUGGCACUUACUUGCUGAUUUUUGGAGCAUUUUUAAUAUAUGUGGCUGUAAACCCAAACUUCAACUUACAAUGGAACCAACUUCAGACUAUUGGGAUAGCUGCUGCAAACACAUGGGGUCUCUUUCUUCUUGUGUUGCUUUUGGGUUAUGGUUUGGUGGAAAUUCCCCGUUCUCACUGGAAUGGGGCCAAGAGAGGUUAUCUGCUUAUGAAAACCUAUUUCAAAGCUGCUAAACUGAUGACUGAAAAAGCAGAUGCAGAGGAGAAUUUAGAGGAUAUUAUGGAGGAAGUUCGUAAAGUAAGUGAGAGUAUCAAGUAUAACCACCCUUUGAGAAAAUGUGUCGAUACAAUACUGAAAAAGUGUCCUGCUGAGUACCAGGAAAGAAUGGGUAGGAACAUGGAUGAUUAUGAAGAUUUCGAUGAAAGACAGAACAGUUAUCCAACUGAAAAAAGUUUGGUCAAACUUCACAAGCAGGUAAUCUAUUCAGUCCAGAGACAUCGUCGUACACAGGUCCAGUGGCAAAUUCUUUUAGAACAAGCAUUUUACCUUGAAGAUGUGGCAAAAAAUGAAACCAGUGCAACUCGACAGUUUGUUCAUACCUUUCAUUCCCAGGAACCAGAGAAUAAAAUCAUUCAGUAUUUCUACACACCAACUGUUG